AUGCAGCGGAGUCCUCCUCCUCUUUAUCCCCAGGUCUUCUGGACAAGCAGCAGUGCCGUUUCGAGCUCCAGUUGUGGCCCGCUGGGAUUGUACCCCACUGGGGCGGGGCCCCCUCAGGACAAUUGCUCCUCUUGGCCUGUGCCACAGAGGGCAAGGCAGAGAUCGAACUCUAAGGACGGGACGUGCCUCUGUUUCUUGGCAGCUUUUCUGCUGAUUUUACUGGCCCUCACCGGGGUUGGAUUAGCCAUGUUUCGGAUCUUCCGUCUGCAGAAGGAGUUGGAGGUAACUUCUAGUGGACAUAUGCCUCAAUCGCCAGAGAUGCACAAAGGUUUCCUGAACAAAACAACGGAAAAGAUGAUCAAGAGGAGAGCGCACGUAACAGGUAAAGCCAACCAGAAGUCCCUGCCACUAGAAUGGGAUAAUACCUACGGACAUGCUUUCGUUUCCGGGGUUCGAUAUGAAAACAAGGGCCUGGUGAUUGAUGAAGCUGGCCUCUACUUUGUGUACUCGAAAGUGUUCUUCCGAGAUCAGGACUGCAUCAACCAGCCCCUCGACCACGUGGUUUUCAAAAAAAGCAAAGGUUAUCCUCGUCCCCAAGUGCUGAUGGAGGACAGGAAAAUGAACUACUGCUCGACAAAGGGCAUUUGGAGCACAAGCAGCUAUCUUGGUGCCUUGUUCAACCUUUCCAGGCAAGACAGUGUGUAUGUGAAUGUGUCUCAGGUCACACUGGUGAAUCCUGAGGAGUCGAAAACUUUCUUUGGUUUAUAUAUGCUUUAA